UCCACGGUACACGUCACUGCCGCGCGCCUCUCGUUUGCGUCAUCGCCGCGCGCCGCGCCGGCGGCUCUAGGAGCUGGUGGGAGCAGAUGGCGGCGGCGGAAGCGGCGGCGCACAAUGACCCCGGACCUGCCCAAGAGCUGCUGGUGGCCUGGAAUACCGUGAGCACCGGACUGGUGCCGCCGGCCGCUCUGGGACUGUUUUCUGUACUCCAGGCGUCCUCCCGGACCAGCGGUGCGGUCCCUCCAAAGGAGGAGGAGCUCCGGGCGGCGGUGGAGGUUCUCAGGGGCCACGGUCUGCACUCGGUCCUGGAGGAGUGGUUCGCAGAGGUGCUGCAGAACGACCUGCAGGCUAACAUAUCUCUCGAGUUCUGGAAUGCCAUCUCCCAACGUGAGAACUGUGCAGACGAGCCCCAGUGUCUUCUGCUGCUCCUCGAUGCUUUUGGGCUCCUGGAGAGCCGCUUGGAUCCCUACCUGCGUAGUCUAGAGCUCCUGGAGAAAUGGACUCGCCUGGGCUUGCUUAUGGGCACCGGUGCUCAGGGGCUUCGGGAAAAAGUUCAUACCACGUUGCGGGGCGUCUUGUUCUUUUCCACUCCCAGAACUUUUCAGGAGAUGAUCCAGCGCCUCUAUGGGCGCUUCUUGAGAGUUUACAUGCAGAGUAAGAGAAGAGGAGAAGGAGGAACCGACCCCGAACUGGAGGGGGAAUUGGACAGCAGAUACGCCCGCCGCCGGUACUACCGCCUUCUGCAGAGCCCACUCUGUGCCGGAUGUGGCAGUGACAAGCAGCAGUGCUGGUGCCGCCAGGCGCUGGAGCAGUUCCACCAGCUCAGCCAAGUCCUACACAGGCUUAGUCUGCUGGAGCGGGUCAGUGCCGAGGCCGUGACUACCACCCUGCACCAAGUGACCCGAGAGAGGAUGGAGGACCGCUGCCGGGGCGAGUAUGAGCGCUCCUUCCUGCGUGAGUUCCACAAGUGGAUUGAGAGGGUGGUCGGCUGGCUGGGCAAGGUGUUCCUGCAGGACGGCCCCAGCAGGCCUGCGUCCCCGGAGGCUGGGAGCUCCCUGCGCCGCUGGCGCUGCCACGUGCAGAGGUUCUUCUAUCGCAUCUACGCCAGCCUGCGCAUCGAGGAGCUCUUCAGCAUCAUCCGAGACUUCCCGGACUCCCGGCCGGCCGUGGAAGACCUCAAGUACUGCCUGGAGAGGACCGACCAGAGGCCGCAGCUUCUUGUGUCCCUCAAGGCUGCCCUGGAGACGCGACUCCUCCACCCAGGCGUGAAUACGUGUGACAUCAUCACCCUGUACAUCUCCGCCAUCAAGGCGCUGCGCGUGCUGGAUCCCUCCAUGGUUGUCCUGGAGGUGGCCUGUGAGCCCAUUCGCCGCUACCUGAGGACGCGGGAGGACACGGUGCGGCAGAUCGUGGCAGGGCUGACCGGGGACUCGGAUGGGACGGGGGACUUGGCUGUUGAGCUGUCCAAGACGGACCCGGCCAGCCUGGAGACCGGCCAGGACAGCGAGGAUGACUCCGGCGAGCCAGAGGACUGGGUUCCCGACCCUGUGGACGCGGAUCCAGCCGGAGAAGGAGUGGGUUUUCGGCAUCCCCACCUCAUGGGCUUGGCCGGGCACGAGCUGCCUGGCGCCAUCUGUGCCGCCUCCGUGUCUGAGAGGCGCCGGUGGUGCCCGUGCCAUGCAGGGAAGUCCAGCUCUAAGCGGCGCUCCUCGGACAUCAUCAGCCUGCUGGUCAGCAUCUACGGCAGCAAGGACCUCUUCAUCAAUGAGUACCGCUCGCUGCUGGCCGACCGCCUGCUGCACCAGUUCAGUUUCAGCCCCGAGCGGGAGAUCCGCAACGUGGAGCUGCUGAAGCUGCGCUUUGGCGAGGCCCCAAUGCAUUUCUGCGAGGUCAUGCUCAAGGACAUGGCAGACUCGCGCCGCAUCAAUGCCAACAUCCGUGAGGAGGAUGAGAAGCGGCCCGCAGAGGAGCAGCCGCCGUUCGGGGUCUACGCCGUCAUCCUCUCCAGCGAGUUCUGGCCGCCCUUCAAGGAUGAGAAGCUGGAGGUUCCCGAGGACAUCAGGGAGGCCCUGGAGGUCUAUUGCAGGAAGUACGAGAAGCUGAAGGCCAUGCGGACGCUCAGCUGGAAGCACACCUUGGGCCUAGUGACCAUGGAUGUGGAGCUGGCUGACCGUACCCUGUCCGUGGCGGUGACCCCUGUGCAGGCGGUGGUCCUGCUGUACUUCCAGGACCAAGCCAGCUGGACGCUGGAGGAGCUGAGCAAGGUGGUGAAGAUGCCCGUGGCGCUGCUGCGGCGGCGCGUGUCGGUGUGGCUGCAGCAGGGCGUGCUGCGAGAGGAGCCGGCCGGCACCUUCUCAGUGGUGGAGGAGGAGCGGCCCCAGGACCGGGACAGCAUGGUGCUCGUCGACAGCGACGACGAGAGCGACUCGGGCAUGGCCUCGCAGGCCGACCAGAGGGAGGAGGAGCUGCUGCUCUUCUGGACAUACAUCCAGGCCAUGCUGACCAACCUGGAGAGCCUGUCGCUGGAGCGCAUCUACAGCAUGCUGCGCAUGUUCGUGGUCACCGGCCCCGCGCUGGCCGAGAUCGACCUGCAGGAGCUCCAGGGCUUCCUGCAGAGGAAGGUGCGCGACCAGCAGCUCGUCUACUCCGCCGGCGUCUACCGCCUGCCCAAGAGCUGCGGCUGAGCCGUCGCCAGUCCCCGCCCGGCCCCCAGGAUGAGAGUAAAGCAGACGGUUCUUCCUCC